GGGGGUAUGGUAUGUGUGUAUUUACUCUGCAGACUGUUGGUACUGUCUGUCCCAUUAUUAUAGCAAAAAGGUGACAGGAAAACUAGAAUAGAGACUGGGACUUCAUUUAAGGGACGGUUUGGGCUUAAUGUUUUUUGUGGCAAAGCAGACAGAGUUAAUUUAUUACUUAGAAUAUCCACUAUGGCUGUGAGGGGGCCUUAAGAAGUGAUUUGAAAGCUUUCAUUCUAUAUCCCUGUUCUACUUGGACUGGAUUGGUAAAUUACUGGGUAUCAUUCUUAAAUUUUUGUUUUCCAACAAGUUUCUUUUAUUGUUAAGUUGCCUUCUACAGGACAUUCCUUUGAAAGUAUUAGAGCUCACAGACAGCUUGAAGCAGACAUCCCAACUCUGUGAACUUCAGCUUGGGCAUAAAUUUCAGGUUGGCUUCCUAACAUUAAAGAGAAAAUGCUGCUAUCAGUGACUUCAAGGCCUGGGAUUUCGACUUUUGGCUAUAACAAGAACAACAAGAAGACAUAUGUGUCAUUGUCUCAGCCAAUGGCACCACCUAGUCCAAGCAACAGUACCCCUAACAGCAGCAGUGGGAGCACUGUAAAUGACCAGCUGAGUAAAACCAACCUCUACAUCCGGGGAUUGCAGCCAAGCACUACUGACCAGGACCUAGUCAAGUUGUGUCAGUCAUAUGGCAAGAUUGUCUCCACUAAGGCCAUACUGGACAAGACCACAAACAAAUGCAAAGGCUAUGGCUUUGUGGACUUUGACAGUCCUUCAGCAGCACAGAAAGCUGUAACAGCACUGAAAGCCAGUGGUGUGCAAGCACAGAUGGCAAAGCAACAGGAGCAGGACCCCACUAAUUUAUACAUCUCAAACCUCCCACUGUCAAUGGAUGAGCAAGAACUGGAGGGAAUGCUGAAGCCCUUUGGCCAGGUUAUUUCCACUAGAAUCCUUCGAGACACCAGUGGGACCAGCAGAGGGGUUGGCUUUGCAAGGAUGGAGUCCACAGAGAAGUGUGAAGCCAUCAUCACCCACUUUAAUGGAAAAUAUAUUAAGACACCCCCUGGAGUACCAGCCCCAUCUGAUCCCUUGCUUUGCAAGUUUGCUGAUGGGGGUCCAAAGAAACGACAGAACCAAGGAAAAUUUGUGCAAAAUGGACGGGCCUGGCCAAGGAAUGGAGACAUGGGUGGUAUGGCCUUGACCUAUGACCCCACCACAGCUCUUCAGAAUGGGUUUUACCCAGCUCCUUAUAACAUCACCCCCAACAGGAUGCUUGCUCAGUCUGCACUGUCCCCGUAUCUUCCAUCUCCUGUGUCUUCAUAUCAGAGAGUAACUCAGACAUCUCCUCUACAAGUACCUAACCUGUCUUGGAUGCACCACCAGUCAUACCUCAUGCAGCCUUCAGGUUCAGUGCUGACACCAGGAAUGGAUCAUCCUAUUUCUCUCCAGCCUGCCUCCGUGAUGGGACCUCUUACCCAGCAACUGGGCCACCUCUCGCUCAGCAGCACGGGCACAUAUAUGCCAACAGCUGCAGCUAUGCAAGGAGCGUACAUCUCCCAGUACACCCCUGUGCCUUCUUCCAGUGUUUCAGUUGAGGAUGGCGGCAGCCAGCAAAAUCAAGUGACAGUGGAUGCUCCCUCAGACCAUGGGGUCUAUUCUUUCCAGUUCAACAAGUAACAGUGGAUUUCCCUCCCCAUCUUUGUUGAGUAUAAAUGAAUUCUUGGAGAUGCUGAUGCUCCAGACUCCAGAGGGCUGACCAGCAAUACAGCCCCUCUGUGGGCCCAGCUGAGGACUAACACUUGGUCAUCGGUUUUCACAGGCCUGGGCCUGGAAAAAGAAGUCUCUGCACUCCUGCCCUGUGCUCUUCCUCCACUCCUGGUGGAGCCUGGAGGAACUGUCACUUUGUGUGUGUGCUACAGUCAAGGAGACCAAAAAGACUUCUUUUCUUUUGUGAAGAAAGUUUUAUGUUUUGUUUUAAACUGCAAUAUACUCUUUCCCUACCCCAAAGAGACACGGUGCCUGGAGCUUGUUCUCGUCUUUAUGAAAAACAGUUUUUGAUGUGUUGGACUUAUUUGGGAAGGCUUUUUAAACAAAUUAUUUUCUUAAAAGAAAAAGGUGUGGUGCUAGAACACUGAUGGAGUCCUACUGUGGGCCCUACUUACUGAGUUUAGUUAUGGACCUUUUGGCGGGGGGUGUAAGAAAAUAUGCAGACUUUUAAAGUUUUGUUUUAUAAAGCUCUUAGAUCACACAUCCCAUCUCUUCUUCACAUACAUUUUAUGCCUUCUUUCAUCCAGAGUGUUCUUUUUCUCUUUUCCAUACAGCAGAACCUGCCUACUUUGCCUCUUUACAGUUUUUAAUUUUGUGAAUUUCUUUUUUGAAUGAAAUUUCAUACGGAAUUUUGGGGGGCUGGGCAAGGAACAAGGUAGAACACUAAGCAGGCAGUGGAAGUGGCUUUUCCUCCCUCUGCCCUGCCACAUCCUAGGAGGAAAGACUAGACUUUGCCCUCCGGAAGCAGAGAUGUGAUCUAGGCUCACUAAGGAGACAAUCCCACAGCCUUAGGAAGCCAUCCUUGAUCCAAAUUUGGAUGAAGACUAGGUUUUCCCUGGCGAGUUCCGGAGGAAUGGACCUACUGACUUCUGACUAACUCUUCUCACUGCCGAGGCCAACACCACAUCCUCUGAGAAAAUGUCUUCCCUUGCUACAGCUUUUCAGGAAUACCUGCUUUUCUGAUUCCUAGAGGAUCUUUUCUGCCCUGGGUCUCAAGGACUCUCUCUUCCCUAUCUCACAUCGUUGCUGUGCUCAGAGCCUUUGCUUUUGUGACCUUGCUGAAUCCAUUUAGGUUCCUUCCCCACCACGGACAAUCAGCUGCUUUACCUCUAGACCAGCGAUUCUCAAAGAGGUGGUUUUGUCGCCUAGAGGCCACUUGGCAAUCUCUGGAGACAUUUUUGGUUGUUGUGCCUGGGGGUGGGGCUGUGUGCUACUGGCAGCUAGUGGCUGGAGACCAGGGAUUCUGCUAAACACCCUGCAGGGCACAGCAGAGCCCCAACUCCCCCAGCAGAGAAUUGUCUGGCUCAAAAUGUCAGUAGUACCAAGGUUAGGAAACCUUGAUGUAGACAGUGUCAUCCCUGCCUCCUGUACCAGAGGACUUGGUAAAUUCCCAUCCCAACCCUGGACACACAGUGCCUUUUGACACUCAGGCAGCUAGUUGAGAGGGACAGAACUGAGGUUCUUGAAUUUUCCCCAGGCUUUGACCUUCGGCACAUCUGUGUACAGCAAGAGCUGUCCUUGAAAGGCUUGUGCCAUGUGCACACACGUUCAGAGGGAUAGAGGUGGGGACUGUUCUGUGUGUGUGCUGUGCAGGGGCGGGAAAGGACAAAGCUCUUUGUAACUGUCCAGAGCAACCUGCCCUAGUGUGUUUGGGCCCCUUUUCCAGGGAACCAGGACAUCAAAAAUAAUCUUCCUGCUUGUGGAAGGACAGCAGGGAGCUGGGAUGGAAAAGGGCCAUAAACCCCAUCUCACUAUUUACAAGGUCAGGAGUCCUUCAAAAAAAGGCUAUAAUUUGCUCUUCAACUCCAUCACCUUCUGCAAGACCUGACUAUGCACACGGAGACAGAUAGGAGGAAGCCUUUGUCCAUCUUCUAGGAAAUAAGAUCCUGCACCUGUCUCUUCCCAGUCACUCCUUCUGCACUGAAAGGAGAGUUCUGCUCCCCUUCACUUCAAGGUCAGGUGCCUUUCCACCAGACAAUCAGACAGAAAGCCAAAUGAUGGAGAAUGGAGAAACAGGUGUUCAGUUUCUGUAGGGGAGAAGGAGAUGCUAUUGGGCGGGAAGAAGCUGUAUUAUCAGUUGUUGUACAUAGAGCUUGGGCCUAGCUCCCCUCCACCCAUCCCAGAGUUGAGAGUCCUAACGCUCCCUACCCUUAGAGUGUCCUUUUGUACAUCCUGGGGUUAAGGGAGUAGGGGUAGGGGACAAUAGGUAGGAUGUAAAGUAUAAAGGAUAAAAUCGCCACUAUUAAUUUUCUCACAGGUACUUCCAACCUCAGGAAGGGUUUAUCUAAUGUAAAACAGCCCCAAACCCAGUAACUUUAUAGAAGGUUUUGGCUGGGCAGGUAUCUCUUGCUUCUGAGUCUCUACUCCUUAGUCAAGGAAAAUACACCACAUAUUUCUUGUCAGUGGCCUUGAAGAAAAGGAGAAAAAUCUAGAAUCCUGUUCAUUUAAUUAAUAGUAGUUUGGGGGAGCCUUGCUUUGCUAGGAGGCUUAGUGAAAUGAGGGCCUUUCACGUGUAGAAACUGUUGUUGAUGUCACUGCUGCCGCUCCUCUGCCUCCCAGAAUUCCUGGUUCUGUCUACUUUCUCUGUCUGUAUUUAAAUGUUUAAAUGGCUGUAAUUUUGCUUUGUUUUGUUUUAAAAUUCUGAAGUUACCUUUUGUGUGUUCUCAUGUGAAUCUGCUUAAUGGAUUUUAUUAAUGGGUGUUUCUGGUUUGGGCAGGUUUGGGCAUGGGAAGUGACGGAGAGCCUGAAGUUAUUUUUGUAAUGGUUAAUGGCAUCGUGGAAUUUUGUUUGGGCCUUUUUGGGUUACACUCAUGAUACUUUUUGCCUAAUUGUUAGUUCAUUUCUAACAGUUCAUAACAUGGGUGAGUGAUUGGAAAAAGGAGACAAGGAAGGAGGGAUACUUUUUCUCCCAUGAAAUAGCGCCACUGGUGGCAGUGGUGGCAGAGGAAUUGUAGGGGGAGACUUCAAGCUCACAGCCUAGGGCUGGGCUCUUUAAACACUAUGCUAAUGUUUUCUGAAUCCUGUCUUCAUGGAGCCCAGGUCAUAACUCUCUCUGUACUUCAUACCCCCGCUCAUUACAGAUGCUCAUAACAUUCUUAAAAUAUUUUAGUACUUUGUAUUUUUCUCUUUUCAGUCAAAUGGAACAUACUAGAUCCCUUUCUCAGAUGAUACAAUCCUUUACUAGCCUCAGAGCCUGCCCAUCCCAUCUCAUGCCGGUGUUAUUACUGCUCCUCUCUCGCUCUGAGAUGAUACUCAGCCCCGAGGCUGAUUAGACCUUUUGGAGGAGGGUGUGGGUCGAGGUUAGGGAAGAUGUGGGAAUGAUGAUGGGGAGAGAUGUUAUUUUUAAAGUGUGUUUUUAACCAAAGGAUUUGAAGAGUUGCCUAGGCUAGGAAGCCUGGUGACUCUGAAGAGGUAAUAAAUAGCCCUUGUCAGUAAGAGAUGGGGGUAGUAGGGGGACAUUACUUGCACUGAGUGUGAGGACUGUGCUGCUCUACUGACCAUCCCUGGAUUGGGCCACCUCAGCCGAGUUCCAUUCUUCCUUUCCUAACUUACUGAUCAGGGAGCUCAUUCAGCCCCUUGGUGCCUGCCUGCAUUGCUUAUUCCCUGCUGCUUCAGUGUCUACCGUUUGGGGACGUACAUGUGGGUUGUUACUUUGCUCCACAAAGGUGAGGUGAGAGGCCUUGCUGGAAUGGAAUGUUGCAGGGAUCCCCAUAGAAUCAUCUUCUAGGGAAAAAAAAAAAAAUCGUUGCUGUUCUCUUAUGCACGUGCCCGCCGCACCCCUCCCCACUUCUUGGGAGAGCAGCAGCAUUGUACCUAUGAGGGGGUUACCUUGAACUUCUUGGCCUAGGGCAAUAAACUUGGGUCAGUGAUCAGAUCUAAACUUGUCCUCAGGCUCUGCUAGACCAGCGUCAGAGAAGAGGGUGGGUGUUAUGAAAGCCAGUCUGUAAGGGCUAGGUCUUAAUUCCUUGUGCCUUGUCACACUGGAUCCUUCCUGAUUCCCUCUUAAACCAACUACUCCAUUUCUAUGCUACCUGCAUUUUAGGUCCUUCCAAGCAUUAGCAGAUCCCUCGUUUGCUCAGCUUUUACUCCUUCCUUUCGUAGGAGGGUCUUCCUUCAACAGCUGAGAUGGGCCUGAGAGCUCUAGCACCCUUUUCAUCUUUGCUGAAUUCUGCUGCACCUCCCUAGGGGUGGUCCCCACAUGACUGUAGUAAUUAGAAAGCUAGGUGCCCUCUCACCCCAGUUACCACUGCUCCUUCUCCCUGGCAUGUCCACGUCUGUUUUGAAUGAACCAUUCUCCAGGUGUAUCCCAGAACUUUCUUGUCUUUGUUAAAGACCUACCUCACAGCUUCACAAUUGAACAUGGGCACAAGCACCUGGUUUACUUCUUUCCUUCCUUUACUCUGUCCUUCCUUUCAUGAGGGUUAGGAAGAUGGGGGCUACAAAGGGCUCACAAUCAAAUGCAAAAACUCUUUUGGUUAUUUCUGUUUCUGGAAUGUCUUCUUUGAGAUUUUUACCUCAUUUAUCACCCUAGAAUAGUGUGAACUCUUCAGUUAGUUAGGUCUUGCUGUGGUAUGCCAGGGGAAUAGGCUGAGUAAUGACUGCUUAGAAUAUUAACUAAUGCUUGGGAGCCACCCCCAGGAACACCAACAUGGGAGCAGAGCUCAGAACUUGAGAGGAUAAGAGCUUGCCAGUGGCUGCCAUUAGCUGAGAAGGUAAACAUGCACCAAAGAGGGCAUCUGGGAUUUUUAUAGGGCUGAAAGCAGAGAUGUUCCUUCUCCACCUAUUCCAGUUAGUUUACAGGGUCACCAAAACAAAACUUCCAGCCUGGAGUGUGAUAAGCUUUCCUAGCCUGAGUAAAGAAAAGUUCUCGCCCCAUUACUGGUGUCCACAUCCCCCAACACACACAUUUUUUUUCGGGUGGCAAGUGCUCUCUAGCAUGCACUUAUCACCUUGGACAGGAAAUAAGUUUAAUUUAUACUCAAAACACAUUUUGUACACUUUUUCUUUACCCAGAGGUUUCCAGUUUUAUACUCUUGCCACAUCUGUGCCAAUGCUACCCAUUCUUCUUUUUCUGACUCUUGGUAUUCACUUGUUCCUUCCCUACAAUUGGGGAGAACUUUGUCUUAUUUCAACUUCUGAAAUAAAACACAAAAGUC